GGGCGUCCAAUGGGCGGCCUGGCUUUACAGCCAGCAACCCUGGUGUGUGAGAGUGAACUCAAGAUCACACACACACAACCGGCAGAAGAGGAGGAGGAGGAAGAGGAGGAGGAAGAGGAAGAGGAGGAGGAAGAGGAAGAGGAGGAGGCACUCUUUGGGGGACUGGCAACCCUUCUUCCGAAAGGCACCAUCCUUUCCAAUCAGGGCCGCUUGGAAACACCAUUAUUGACAGGAGCUUUGACAAGGAGACGCGAUGCCGCCGAAAGGUGAGUCCGAUCGCUUCCCCGCUUCAUUCUCACAGCCAGGCAGCUCUCUCUCUCUCAUUCUUUCUCUCACUCUAAACUCACCCACCGCCCCCUCGCUUUCUUUCACACUCACACACACACACACACUUCUUCUUUGUGGAGCCUCACUUUCUUACAUUCCGGGAGAGAUUCCCAAGAGGAGAUGCCAGUCCCCAAACUCCCAAACUCUUUC